AUGGAAGAAGAAACGGACGGUUCACCGGUAGAAGGUGGCAUGAACCAUGUUCUGUCCCUCGGUUCGACAUCUCGUGAUCUGCAGACGGCAUAUCUCAUCAUCAGCCUGGUGCUGUCGGUAGGAUGCGGCCUGCUGCUCAUCUUGUUGGUUUGGAAGAAAGAGUAUCUCCAAAAGCCCAGCCACUAUCUGCGGUGUAACCUGGCGGCAGACGACAUCAUCUUCACCGGCUGCCUGAUUCCCGUACGUGUGUACGCACUUUUCCGGCAAGAUGCCCGCGGGGGACAGGUGUGGUGCGCGGCUGAGGGACUGUUAGGGCCCGUAUGUUUGAUGUCCAUGUACGGUACAUACCUGAUGAUGGCAGUCGAUCUGUACUACUUUGUGUGUGAUCCUCUACACUACCAUGACAAAGUCACCACAAAACGUGUGGUCCUGGGCAUCUUGGCGUUCAGAGCCUUCUCCCUCUUCUUUGGAAUAGCGUUUGCGGCUUUUGUCGGACUGCCCAAAUACAGCUGGCGUUGUGAGAUGGUCACGGGCCCCUCGAACAGUGCUUUAGCCAUUUUCAUGAGCGUGAGCGUACUUUUCUUCCUACUCGUUGCUCUCUCGAUCUCAAUAAUCUACUGCCGUGUCUUCAAGGAAGCCAGGAGACAGCAGGAGAGGGAUGAGAACCGUGACCUGUGGAUGUUCCAGACCAAGGCGUUCAAAAUGAUGGUGCCGCAUGCUAUCGUUUUGACUGCAUCCAUAACCACUACCAGCUUCUACGCAGCCAUGCUACUAGCUCUGGUCAGUGAGGAACAGAUGUCACAACGUGCCCUGAUCAUCGCUGAGCGCGUGACCAUCCUCCUGUACCUGACGUUAUCGUCCGUGGCCAACCCCCUCAUCUACAGCUUCCGGCUGCCAGAGUUCCGUCGAGCCUGUAGGGAGCUGUGCGGAUGGCAAACCAACCCACCGGUGGUACCGGCAAGGCGGCACGGCCAGGACGACGUGCAUAUGGAGAUGGCCGCUAUCACCAGUCUUGGGCACGGUGCACCGGCCUCAGAAUUGGCGCCAGCACAAACCUCUGCCGAGGGCCUGAUCACGCAGCCGACGGCGGAAGGCGUACCAUCCAACCAGGCACAAACGCAGACAACCCAGGAAGACAUGACCCCCGGACAACCUCCUCGUCCAGGACACGGUGGCCGUGAGACCGCUUCAGGGCGACCGUUCCGGGUAACAGUGCGUGCAGAGGUGCAUGCUGAACCAGCACCGUGUCCUGUACAGGGAGACCCGACGGCGACCCUUCCUGGACAACUACACAAGGAUGCCAGAACAGCAGACGUCUCGACACUAACUCUGCACACCGAGACCGACGAGCCAACAACAGGACACACUUUGGAUCACCCACCUGCGCGUACAAAGUUGGCAUGGGAGGAACGUACAAGCCAGUGCAACGAAGGCCAUCCCUAA